AGUAGGUAUGGAGAGGGUAACUUCUUGUGAGGGGAGUGUCACUAGAGUGAUCGCAGCCACCGAUUUAACAUCCUUGGCUUAAAUAUUGAUUAUUAACCAUAGAAUAUUGCGAUAUGAGAUAGAACAUCUAAAUUUAAUUGAUUCAGAUGAUCAGUAUGGGAAAAGUAACUAUUUUGAUCAUCGGUGCGUGACACCACUACUGUGUACAACCGCAUGCUGAGAAGAAUUCGGAAUUAAGAUGUUUCAAUUCUUCAGAAUGCAAUAUAUUUUUUAUUGAUGUUCUUGCCUUAUCAAUGAUUCUUGCAACAUACUUGAAUAGUGGAAAACAACAAUUAAAGGACAUUGACAAAUAAAGUCAUCAAAGCAACGAUCACUUGAUACGUUAGUCACAUAAAUUCCAAAAAUAAUGGGUAAUGUAUUGGCAUCUACUGCAUCAACACCUAAUACAUUUGUAUCAAAACCCCAACAAGCAACAUCAAAUAACUUAGACCAUCAUGGAACAAAUAAACUGGAAGGAGAACCACCUCCAGAAUGCCCCAUGCAUAAAUCAGCGCAAAAUACACCUCCUAAGGUUACCACCGAAUGUCCAGUAGAUCAUGCUGGCCAAGAUAUUAAUCCUCUUAACAUGAUGCCACCUGCUAAUCAACAACCAGCACCAGAUCAACCGUUUCCUUUGCCCACGGACAGACAAGUCUCAUCAAUACCAAAGGCGACAGCUGAAAAUGAAUUUUGGGUAUAUCCUUCUCAACAAAUGUUUUGGAAUGCUAUGUUAAGGAAAGGCUGGCGAUGGAAGAAAGAAGACAUAUCGCCUGAUGACAUGAGCAACAUAAUAAAAAUUCAUAAUGCCAACAAUGAACAAGCAUGGCAAGAAGUACUCAAAUGGGAAGCAUUACAUGCUCGUGAAUGCAGUACUCCAAAGUUGCGCAGCUUUGGAGGUAAAGCUACACAGUAUUCACCACGUGCUCGUAUUCGACAUUGGAUGGGAUAUGAAUUGCCAUUUGAUCGUCACGAUUGGAUCAUAGACAGGUGUGGGAAGAAUGUUAGAUAUAUUAUAGAUUACUACGAUGGUGGUCAAGUAAAUGACAAAUACACUUUUGCUUUACUCGACGUAAGACCUGCUAUGGAUUCAAUAGAAAAUGUCUGGGAUCGCAUGAAGGUAACAUGGUGGCGUUGGAGAUAUUGUAACGAAUCAGCAGAAUCGGAAUGUGCCCAACAAACACAAUAAAAAAGGAAAUUAGAUACUAAGUAGACUGGAAAAGCAUCAGUGUUCUAAUGAUGUGCUAGUUUUGAAAAGCAGGACGUUAUGUUCAAAUAAUGUACAAUUUUAAAAAAACGAAAACAGCAGAUUAUAAUUAUAUACGCAACCAAGUAUAUACAUUAAUAUUUAAAACGAAUAUACGCGUUUAAGUAUACAUGAAAUUAAAAACUUGUACAGCGAAAGAUAUUACGAUACUUAAAAUUUACUGCCAAAAAAAAUCAAUUUUAAAAACAACUUCAUUCAAAAUUCAAUUUUAUUUUUUACCAAGGACAAUUUUAAAGUGACAAUAUUGUUACAUGCACUUUUACAUUGUUUGCAUAUAACUUCAUAUAAUGAUUUAUUCUUGAAAACCAACUUACAGCUUUCAAACUAACUUGUAUAUUACUGUAACAUAUUGUUACUGUGAAACAACAGAAAAUAAAAUUGUUAAAACCGUUA